AUGGCCAGCCCGCCUAACAUCUCAGAGGAACAAAGCCGCUUGCUCGAAGAUGCCCUUGGGGUCGUUCGACAGCAGUCGCAUAUGAUGCGAAGAUGUCUUGAGACUCCUGGAAAGCUGAUGGACGCACUGAAAUGCGGGUCGACGUUAGUUUCAGAACUCCGUACGCCUAGCCUUGGUCCAAAACAGUACUACGAGCUGUACAUGGCUGUUCAUGACGCCCUCCGCCACCUUUCCGUCUACCUCAAGGAAAGCCAUCCGGUCAAUCAUCUCGCCGAUUUAUACGAACUGGUGCAAUACGCUGGAAAUAUCAUCCCGCGCCUGUAUCUUAUGAUCACUGUCGGAACUGUGUAUAUGGGCAUUGAAGAUGCGCCGGUAAAAGAGAUCAUGAAGGAUAUGAUGGAAAUGAGUAGGGGCGUUCAACAUCCCAUUCGCGGUUUAUUCCUGAGAUAUUAUUUGUCUGGCCAAGCGAAGGACCAUCUACCCACUGGCUCUGGAGACGGCCCGCAGGGUAAUCUACAGGAUUCAAUUAGUUUUAUACUUACCAAUUUUGUCGAGAUGAAUAAACUCUGGGUUAGGCUGCAACAUCAAGGACAUUCGAGGGAAAGGGAGCUCAGAAUGCAGGAGAGGAAGGAGUUGGAACUACUGGUUGGAAGUAACUUAGUGCGAUUGAGCCAGCUGGUGGAUUUGGAGACAUAUCAAUCUGUAAUACUACAGCCUCUUCUGGAGCAAGUCGUCCAAUGCCGAGAUGUAUUGGCGCAAGAGUAUUUGCUGGAAGUAAUGACUAAGGUCUUCCCUGAUGAAUACCACCUACAUACUCUUGACCUCUUGCUGUCCGCUAUAUCUAGGCUUAACGCGCAUGUUGAUAUGAAGAAAAUUGUCAUAGGCCUUAUGGACCGAUUAUCUGCUUACGCGGCACGGGAUACAGACAGCAAUGAUACACCAGAAGGCAAGCAAAAAGCGGAGGAGGAAGCAACUGUCAGACUACUGGAAAAAUUGCGACUGGCUAAAGAAACUGAAGCGAGAUCCGGUGCGGAUAGAGUGGAUUUUGAAGAAGAUACAAAGAGCGCAGAAGGAGAGCCCAAUAAGGAAGAAGAUGCCACAGAAAAUGCCGAGCAGGAAGCUGCACCGGUCCCUAAUGGCGAAAGCGAAGAGAAUCCGAAAUCAAAAUUUAACACCGAUUUCAAACUCUAUGAAAUAUUCUACGAGCAAGUUGUUAACUUGGUCAAAACGAGAAACAUCCCGAUCCACGACACGAUAGCCUUAUUGGUAUCUUUAGUGAGCCUUGCACUGAGUAUUUACCCCGAGCGAUUAGAAUAUGUCGAUCAAGUUCUCGAAUAUGCCACAAAGAAGACAAUGGAGCAUGCCGAUACAGCUGACCUACACUCCGUUCCUGCGCAGUCGAAUCUGUUAAAUCUACUCCUCGCGCCAAUCCGUUCAUAUGUUUCAAUUUUCACUGCGCUUUCGCUCCCAAACUAUAUCCCCCUUUUCACUGCCCAAUCAUACUCCACGCGAAGAGCUGUUGCCGGUGAAAUUGCUCGAGGGAUUUUAAGAAACAGAACAAUAAUCUCAACAUCAGAGCAUCUUGAGGGCGUGUUACAGAUUUUGAAGGUCCUAAUAAAAGAAGGUAUGCAGCAGCCGGUGGGCUAUCCAGGCAUUCAGUCACAACGGCGUGCAGGAGAGACAGAAGAGACAAUUGAGGAACAAGGAUGGCUUGCACGGAUAAUCCAUUUCAUCCAAGGCCCAGACAACGACACCCAGCUUAAGCUUUUGCAAGCGGCCUGCAAGGCCUAUUCGGAAGGAAACGAACGUAUCCGAUUCACCACACCUGCUAUAAUUACGUCUUCACUGAAGCUGGCCCGAAAAUAUAAAUCGCGUGAACAUUAUGAUGACAACUGGCAAGCACAAUCCUCAACACUCUACCGAUUCAUGCACCAGUGCAUCAGCAAUCUAUACCAAAGAGUAAAUCCCGGCAGCGCUGAGCUGUCUCUUCCUCUCUUCGUUCUUUGUGGCCAGGUGGCCGACCAGACUGGCUUCGAGGAAUUCAGCUAUGAAUUUUUCGCACAAGCAUUUACUAUAUAUGAGGAUUCAAUAAGUGAUUCACGAGCACAGUUCCAAGCCGUAUGCAUCCUUGCGAGCGCACUGCACGGCACAAGAGGAUUUGGAAAAGAAAAUUACGAUACCCUAAUUACCAAGGCUGCGCUGCAUGGUAGCAAGCUUCUGAAGAAGCCGGAUCAGUGCCGCGCCGUGUAUCUUGCAAGUCAUCUUUGGUGGGCCGUUGACAACCAGCAGAAAGGCGAAGAGGAGACGAAAUAUCUAUAUCGCGAUGGCAAGCGGGUCCUUGAAUGCCUCCAAAGAGCUCUGCGCGUAGCGGACGCGUGUAUGGACACAGCUGUGUCUGUGGAGCUUUUUGUCGAAAUCCUCAACCGCUAUGUAUACUACUUUGACCAAGGGAAUGAGACUGUAACAACUAGAUACCUGAACGGGCUAAUUGAACUUAUCCAAUCGAACCUGCAGACAAGUCAGAACGAUGGAGUGCCAAACUCCAGCCUUGAUAACCCAAAGCGCCAUUUCCAGCGCACGUUGGAUUAUAUCAAGUCCCGCGAUUAUGAGGGUGUAGUGACCGAGCCAAGGAUAUAA